UAAGCAUUACUUUACAAAAAAGUUUCCUUCAAAGUUUAUUAAUUAGUAUGGAUAAACUCUUAAUCAAUAAAUUACGUGAGCAAAUCAUUAUGAAUAAAUAAUAGUUUGAAUUUAAAAAAAAAGAAAAAAAAAGAUGUAAUUAUGAUGAUUAUACAUUGAUAAAUGAAAAUUGAAAAACAUUUUUGUCGAGGUAAAGUUGUAUGUAAAGAAAUUAUUUAGCAAAGUACUAGGAUUAGAAUAGAAAACAAUAGUUAAAGCAAAUUAAAAAAUGAUGCUAUUGUUAGAGAAGUCUAUAAAAGCUGGAUGAAAAAAUACUUCAAAUGAAAUCAAAGUAAAACAAGGUUGACUGCUCGUUUUAAAAAAUUGCAUGAUAAAGAGUUUAAAUGGAGUAAAAAAAAUUGUAAAUUGUAAAAAUUGGACUAGCAAAAUUGAUAUCUUUUAGUGAAGUGAAAUAAGCUGUUUAAAGAGCUCAUUCAGAGAAGGUUGAUGGUUCUUCUGGUGUUUAGAUAACAUGUUGAAAACUCUGAAAAUGUGGGUAAUGUGGAUUUCAGAUUUUUACAAUUCAACUUUACAUGAAGAUAAAAUCUCAAAUAAUUAGAAAAAAAGAAAUGCAGAACUCAAUGCCAUUCGAUGGAGUAAAAGUUGAUCCUGAUAAUCCAUUUGAUAAGAUUGUGUUUUUGGAAAAUGCAAUUAUUCAAGACGGCUUUAAUAUUGGUUUUAGUGAGGGUGAGAAAACUGCUAUAGAAGAAGGUUUUCUUCUUGGAAUUAAUAAAGGAAAAGAGAUUGGUAAAGAAAUUGGGUUUUACAAAGGCUUAGUUACCACAUUUCUGCUGCUCACAGAAGAUGACUUGAAGGGCAAAACAUUAAAGAUAAUAUCUAAGUUUAAAAAACAGUUAGACGAGUUUUCUUUUGAUCCUCAAAACGAAAGCAUAAACGACAAUCUAGACGAAAUAAGAUCAAAGUUUAAACAGAUAUCUUCAAUUUUGAAAAUAAAUUUUGAACAAAACCUUAUUCUCUCUAAACUCUCGUUUUGAAUAUCUUGUAAAAUAUCUUUUUCUAAUAUUUAUAUUAUUUUUGAUUUUUGUAUUUCGAUUCUUAUUUUUUGUUAUGUUUUAAUCAUUAAGAA